AUGGCUUUAUUUUUCAUCCUUAAUGAAGAAAGGCGGGCAAGGAGAAUGCAACGGACUCGUCUGAGGGAUUUAGCCAACCCCUUCGAGCUCCCGGCACAAGAGUUCUUUCAUAAUUACCGAAUGAACAAGCCCAUAGCUUUGUACUUGUGCCGAGAGUUAACUCCCCGACAGUCCCAUGGACUCCCUGUCCACAUAAAGGUGCUGGUAGCGGUCAAAUUUAUAGCCGGUGGGAGCUACCAGCGAGAGGUCGGACAAGACCAUACGCUGUGCGUUACACAGAGAACGGCCUCUAAAUAUUUGACCCAGGUGAUAGCUGCUAUAAAUAGAAGCCUCAAACCUAAAUGGAUUACGUUCCCGGGUAACGAGAGGGAAAGAAAAGACGUCGCGGCAGCAUUUGAAGCGAAAUAUGGCUUACCAGAUCUUCUGGGAACGCUGGACUGCACGCACGUCUCCAUCUUUCCCCCUCCGCGGCCGCACGGCCUGCAGCUGUACAUCAACCGCAAAGGAAAGCAUACAAUCAACGUGCAGUUGACUCCAAUACUCAACGCUGCGCCGGGGUCUGCGGAGGAGCGCUACACGACAUGGCACUGCAGUGUCCGCAACACCAUCGAGCGGACCAACGGCUAUUUAAAGGGACACGGCGAUGCCUUGGCUUGGACCACCCCCUCCACUAUAGCCCUGAAAAAUCGUGCCGGCUUAUUUAUGCCUACUACACGAUCUACAAUAUUAUGA